GUCCUGGCCCAGAGAUUACCACGGACGGCUCUCACCAACACUCUGAACAAAGGUGGAGACUUUAUUAAGAGUCCCUAAAGGCGCGGCCCCGGAGGCCUAUGGGAAACGUAGUACCCAAGUUCGAUGGACCACCCCUCAGAGGACCCUGGGAACGGCGCGCGGCCCUUGCGUCUGCGCAUGUGCAGUGUUGCAAGCGCGCCGGAGGCUGCCCUUCCCCCAACUACAGCCUUGAGUGGACGACGGGACCCCUGUCUCCUCGCGUCUUUGCUACCCUGCGCGGUAACCCGGCUGGCACUGAGCCGCGAGUGGAGGCUGUGCCCCCCAGGUCUGGACAUCAUUCAUAGGAAGCAGGGGCUGAGUUCUGCCUUCAUCGUUCUCUGCAUUUACCCAAAAGCUGUAGAAAAUGAACAAAUCCCAGACUUUACCCAGGAGGAAUGGGAGCAACUGGACCCCUCACAGAGGAUCCUGUACAUGGAUGUGAUGCUGGAGAAUUAUAGCAACUUACUUUCAGUGGAAGUGUGGAAGGCUGAUGACCAAAUGGAGAGGGACCACAGAAACCCAGAUGAGCAGGCGAGGCAAUUUCUAAUCCUCCAGAGCCAAACUCCGGUGGAGGAAAGAGGUAAUCUCUUUGAAAAAACAUUUAAUGUAAGCACAGACUUUGUUGCUUUAAGACAAGUACCCUAUAAAUACGAUUUAUAUGAAAAAACAUUGAAAUGUAAUGCAAACAUACUUAAUAGCAAUGGAAGCUGUGCAAGAAAGAAAGCUGAGGCGUGCAGUGGGUUUGGAAAAGCACUCCUCUAUCUGAAGCAGGAGAAAACCCACCCUGGCCUGGAAUACUCCGAGUAUAAUAAAAAUGGGAAAGCCCUCGGCGACAAGGAAGCUAUUUUUAAGCAUCAGAAAAUUAAAAAUUUGGUUCAACCUUUUAUUUGUAAUUACUGUGACAAGACUUUCUCCUUUAAAUCACUCCUCAUUAGUCAUAAGAGAAUACAUACUGGAGAAAAACCCUAUGAGUGUAAUGUGUGUAAGAAAACCUUCUCCCACAAGGCAAACCUCAUUAAACAUCAGAGAAUCCAUACUGGGGAGAAACCCUUUGAAUGUCCUGAAUGUGGAAAAGCUUUCACCCACCAGUCAAACCUUAUUGUGCACCAGCGGGCGCAUAUGGAGAAGAAACCCUAUGAGUGCAGUGACUGUGGCAAGACGUUCGCCCAGAAGUUUGAGCUCACCACUCAUCAGAGAAUUCAUACUGGAGAGCGGCCCUAUGAGUGUAACGAAUGUGCAAAAACCUUCUUCAAGAAGUCAAACCUUAUUAUACAUCAGAAAAUUCACACGGGGGAGAAACGCUAUGAGUGCAGUGAAUGUGGGAAAUCCUUCAUCCAGAACUCACAGCUCAUUAUACACAUGAGAACUCAUACAGGAGAGAAGCCCUAUGAAUGUACUGAAUGUGGCAAAACUUUCAGCCAGAGGUCAACCCUUAGGUUACAUUUGCGAAUUCAUACAGGGGAGAAACCAUAUGAGUGUUCUGAAUGUGGGAAGGCCUUCAGCAGGAAGUCCCGUCUCAGUGUCCAUCAGAGAGUUCAUAUAGGGGACAAACCCUGAGACUGCAACCAGGCUGAACUGUGGAGAACCCUUCCACAACAGCGCCUCCAGUGUUGGAGAAACCUCAUGAAGGUACUGAAGGAACAUGGGAAUUCAUGCUGAGAUACAGUCUGUGAACUCAGAAAUGUGUGAAAAAAAUAGGAUCCCGUAAGACCAAUGUUACACUGGAAGUUAGAUAUUAUACCCAGCUAAAGAGUACAUAUCAGAUUAUGUCCAAUUGUAUAUAGACAUACUCAGCUGUGGUACAGUGAGCUCUUUAAAAGCUUGAAUGAAUUGAAUAUUCCAGGUAGCAGCAUAAAGGAUGUACAGACAGUACCCAAGUAUGUAGUGGUUAUGUGUGAGAUGCCACAGAACACAAAUUGUAUGUCUUAGAGUUGUACAUGUGAAUUUAACAUAGUCACAGGGAGUUUGAAAUUCUUGUCCUAUGGGAGCAGCUGGUAGAUUCAAACUGCCAGCCUUCUGGUUAGCAACCGAGCUCUCAACCACUGUUCCACUAGGGCUCCAUGUGAUAAUUAGGAUACAUCAAACAAGGUUUUUCUUACUAAACAUCACAUGUGUUUUUCAGUACCUUUACAACCGAGGAUGCAUUCCGGAUGAAAUAUGUGACAAGUUUUACAGUAGCACAUAGCAUAUCUUUUCUCCUGCUGCUUGCUCACAAACAUGAGUUGGUGUGACCAUUGUAACUGAGCUGCCUCUUCAAUAGACAAAAGACAAUGUUGUUGUAGUUUUAACCUGCUUCUGGGUUUGCUGAAGAUUUUCUAGAAGAAUUAUUUACAUAAAUAUGCAAGUAUGAGACAAGUAAGAGGAGAUCUAGAGCAUAAAAGGAAACAGAUGUGGGCUAUAUUCAUUACUCGGUAGGCACCACAGGAUAGAAACGUGCUGUGUAAAGAGGACGUCCCACUCUAGCAGGCUCUUGCUAUUUUUCAGCGGGGUAUUUGCAUACAAACACGAGUGUUACCAAACUGUUGUGUACCCAGAAACCACCUGUAUUUUUGUGUGUUGGCUUGUUUCUCUUAAUACUUUAUGAAUUGUCUUGCAAAAAUUUUAGGAUGCUUAUAUAGCUCACAAAUGUUAGCUACAUUUCAGAGACUUGAGAAAGAAUAAUUUAUUUUGAGUAACUGUCAAGAGAUACCUGUUUUGUUGCUUUUUUAUAUUCCCACUUUAGAAAUGAAGUUGUUCAGUAUUCUGUUGUUUAAAAGAGGCAUUUCUACUUCCUUGAGUUUCAGUAUAAUCAACCUAAAACAUUUCCCUUUGCAACCUGACUUAGUGUAAGUUGUAACUUCCCUUUAAAAGUUUACAAAGCAAAUGCUUUAUAAGUUAAAUUUUUUUCCAGUGGUCUCUCCAUAUAGUAUUUGAUGAUUAAAGUAAAAAAAAAAAAAAAAAAAAAAAUUU